CGGUAGCCCUCGGCUGCGGCAGGCGGCGGAGAUCAUGGUGCUGGACGUGCUGUGGCCCGCGCUCUCUGGAACCUCCGGGGCUGCCCUGGCCUGCUGCUUCGUGGCGGCGGCCAUGGCCCUGCGCUGGUCCGGUCGCCGGACGGCGCGGGGCGCGGUGACCCGGGCGCGACGGAGGCAGCGAGCGGCCCUGGACACCAUGGACAAGGCGGCGCAGCGCUUCCGGCUUCAGAACCCAGACCUGGACUCAGAGGCACUGUUGGCCUUACCCCUGCCUCAACUGGUGCAGAAAUUACACAGUGGGGAGCUGUCUCCUGAGGCUGUACUCUUCACCUAUGUGGGCAAGGCCUGGGAAGUGAACAAGGGGAUCAACUGUGUGACCACCUACCUGACAGACUGUGAGACCCAGCUUUCCCAGGCCCCGAAGCAGGGUCUGCUCUACGGUGUUCCUGUGAGCCUCAAGGAGUGUCUCAGCUACAAGGGCCAGGACUCAACACUGGGCUUGAGCCUGAAUGAGGGGGUACCAGCAGAGUGGGACAGCGUGGUGGUGCAGGUGCUGAAGCUGCAGGGUGCCGUGCCCUUUGUGCACACCAACGUCCCCCAGUCCAUGUUCAGCUUUGAUUGCAGUAACCCCCUCUUUGGCCGCACCACAAACCCAUGGAAUUCCUUCAAGAGUCCAGGUGGCUCCUCUGGGGGUGAGGGGGCCCUCAUUGGGGCUGGAGGCUCACCCCUGGGCUUAGGAACUGACAUCGGAGGCAGUAUCCGCUUCCCCUCCGCCUUCUGUGGCAUCUGCGGCUUCAAGCCUACAGGAAACCGUCUCAGCAAGAGUGGCCUGAAGGGCUGUGUCUAUGGACAGGUGGCAGUACAACUCUCAGUUGGCCCCAUGGCCCGGGAUGUGGAGAGUCUGGCGCUGUGCCUGCGAGCACUGUUGUGUGAGGACAUGUUCCGCUUGGACCCCACCGUGCCCCCUCUGCCAUUCAAGGAGGAGGUCUAUAGAAGCUCUCAACCCCUGCGUGUGGGGUAUUAUGAGACCGACAAAUACACCAUGCCCACCCCGGCCAUGAAGCGGGCCCUACUGGAGACUAAGCAGAGCCUUGAGGCUGCUGGCCACACGCUGAUUCCCUUCCUGCCAAGCAACAUACCCCAUGCUCUGGAGACCCUGUCAACAGGUGGGCUGUUCAGUGACGGUGGCCACAGCUUCCUACAGAACUUCAAAGGUGAUUUCGUGGACCCUUGCCUGGGGGACCUGAUUCCAAUUCUCAAGCUGCCUGGGUGGCUUAAAGGAAUGCUGGCUUUCCUGCUGAAGCCUCUGCUCCCAAGGUUGGCAGCCUUUCUCAGCAACAUGAAGUCUCGGUCAGCUGGAAAGCUCUGGGAACUGCAGCACGAGAUUGAGAUGUACCGUCACUCCGUGAUUGCCCAGUGGAAAGCACUGGAACUGGAUGUGCUGCUCACCCCCAUGCUGGGUCCUGCUCUGGAUUUCAAUUCUGCAGGCAGGGCCACAGGGGCUGUCAGCUACACUCUGCUCUACAACUGCUUGGACUUCCCCGCGGGGGUGGUGCCCGUCACCACGGUGACCGCAGAGGAUGAGGCCCAGAUGGAUCAUUACCAGGGCUGCUUUGGAGAUAUUUGGGACAAGGUGCUGAAGAAGGGCAUGAGGAAGAGCGUGGGGCUGCCUGUGGCCGUGCAGUGCGUGGCUCUUCCCUGGCAGGAAGAGUUGUGUCUGCGGUUCAUGCGGGAGGUAGAGCGGCUGAUGACCCCUGAAAAACAGCCAUCCUGAUCGCCCACCCGCCCGGCCCCAGUGGACCUGACUCACUGGACUGUGCUCAUCUUAGUCAAGGCCCAGCUGCCGCCCUGCAAGGAGAUGUUUGGCCUGGGGCAGAGGCUUCCAUAUCUCCUCCCCGAGCCCCUACAAGAAGUGCAGACACCCUGAGUCUGGACCUCGCUCUCCUCUCUGGUCCCUCUCUCUGCCCUCCCCUGCCACUUGGCAGCCAGUGGGUGUGACACGGGUACAGGCCUGCUAACAGUGAAGAAA